AUGUCGCGGUCCAUCACGAAGGGUCAGCAGCGCGCCACUGACGUAGUCAGCGGCGCUCGAAACGGAUUUACUGGUGGUGGUGCGACGGGUAGCCCAACAUCUAAGGCAGCAGCCGCCUUCACCAAGGAGCAGUUCUACACAGCCGAGGAGCUGCUGCCGUACAUCAGUGAGGCAGAGAAGGCGAACCUGAAGCAGGAGGUACUCAAUAGCAUCAACACUGAGCUGCUGCUCAACACCGAUCUUGAGGUGACGGUGCCGCGCUUGCUGAGGUCGUGCCAGAACGAGUCGCGUGAGCUCAGACGCGCUAUGAACUCCAUCGCCUCCUCUCAAAUCGUGGAGGCACAGCGCGCGCUGCAGAUCGUGAAGAGCAACUACGGUAAGGUGCAGGAGUUGCGAGAACUGUUUCUCAAGCAGGGCGACCUUAUUCAGGGUCUUGGUGCCGACACGCUCAGCUACAAGCACCUGCGGCAGCUGCACUGCCUGCGCGACAACGUCAGCUCCGUGAUCAAGUGGUCGGAGGCGCUCAAGGAAGUGCGCUACGGGAAUCUGUACAUGCUGGUGGAGCAGCAGUCGUUUCGAUUCAUGUACGGUCGCCUGCGAAAUUUGCAGCUGAUCCGCCGCACAGUCAUCACAAAGGCUGGGGCGCGCUACCGGAGCUUCCAGGCGGUGUUUGAGCCGUACUUUGAAAAGCUGGAUGUCAUUCUAUCCAUGUUCGUGAAUCAGGUGUACAAGUUCCUGCGUGAGGACGCAAUGGUGAUUGCGAUCCAGAGGGCACUUGAGGAUGGUCCGUCUGACGACGGCUCUCACUGUGGCACGGGCUUCGCUGGUGCCGGCGAGAACAAGGGCGACGAAGAAGCACCAGAGCCGUAUGAGUGCCUGCGCCAGUGCAUCGCCAUCUGCGGUGACGAGAUUGAGAACCCUGUCUUGAAUUUUGGUAGCGACGGCGUAGAGACGGAGUCGCAGAUCAACGAGGAGGCCAUCUACUCAGCCGUGGCGAAGGGCGUUGCGCAGCUGUGGGAGGAGCAGAUCAUGCAGGAUGUGGUGGAUCCAUUUCGUCAGAUAUCUGUCUAUCUGGAGCAGAUGAAGAAAGUGGAGCCGCUGCUCGGUGCCUUCGAGCUCACGUUGUUCCCGCUCUCCACGAAGCUCCCGUUUUUCCGCCUCGUCGUGCAGGCCGUCCAUGCGGAGGUGAUGAACGUGAUGCAGAGCUACUCCAGCCCGAGCGCCGAGCUCGAGGCCAACGGCCUCAUCGAGGCGUCGCUUUUCAUUCAGUGGUAUGAGGAGAUGAUGGUGACAAACAGCUACGCCCAGUACGUCGACUUCUCCGCGAUCGAUGAACUGUCGGCGUCCUUCAUGACCGCGGCGGUUGGCGGCUUGUCGGCGCACUUGACGCGGCUCUGCCGCGCGUGUGCCAUAACGGUGUGUAACGACCUGAAAGGCCCCACCAUCCUCUCCUCUGGCCUCCCUAUCACGACCGGGCCGGUGGACGUGUUUAGCGUCUUGCAGCAGUCUCUGGCGGGGAUGAACACCGCUAUUGACGUGACUGUCAUGCGAAAAAUUGGCAAGGCGUGCGCCGACGCGAUCUACGCCUACCUCGACGAGUGCAAGCAGCGCACCGACUUCGACUACUGGGAGGACGAGAACAACUCGCUCCCGAGCCCGCAGCCCGCCGAGGAGUGGCAGCAGCGACGCAUGCUUUUCCUGUACGCCUUCUGCAACGACUGCACUACCAUCGAAAACAAUCUCGACACGAUUGAGCUCAAGUUCGCGUCAUGCUGGGACUACGACAACCCCGGCGCCGGCGAUGACGAGGACGACGGCACGUCUGCUGGGGCCGACGGCGACGGGGGCGACAUAUUCUCAACGCCUUUCCGGAAGCUGCAGGAUGCGCUGCUGGAAGACGCGUUCUACUACCUGGAUGAGAUUACUGCGCAGGUGGAGCGGCUUGUGGAGGAGGAAUGGGAGAAGGUAUUUCGAACAGAGGAGUGGUACACCGAUGCAACGAACCCGGUGCAGCUCAUCAUCAACACAGAGGCGGAGUACAUUGAUGAGGAGUUCGCGACGAUGCUGCAGGACCAGCGUUCUCGAAAGCUCACGCGGCAGAUGCUUAUUCGCAACAUCGUGAAGUACAUAAACACCCUCAUCGAGUUCCUAGCCGACUUGAUUCGAAACCCAAAGAAGAACACCGUGGAUAGCUGGCUCACCUUCGUGGACUGCGUGCAGCGCGAUAUUGACAUCUCCCUCGGGAUGUGGCGUGAGCAUCUAUCGGACCGGCAAGGCCAGCUGCUCGACCUCGGGCAGCGCGCGCUGGAGCUGAUGAAGCAGCUGCUCUCCGUGAAAAAACCGGUCGACUUUGGCUAUCUUCUGCAGGACAAGCUCCUCGAUGACUUUGGUGACUGCCCGACAUUUGUCAUCCGCUUCUGCUUCGAGGCACGCAGUCAGGAAGUCGACCGUGAGACCCGUGAGCGGCUCAUGGCCGUCUGGGCAGAGCGGACCACCUACCAGAAGCGCGACAGCAAGGAUAAACCCACCCUGGGCUGGAGUCAGCCACCGUCGUUCCUCGGCAGUGUUGACCGCUCCCUCGCGGAGCUCGAGAAGCCGUCUGGUUUCUUCGGCCGCAGCAUCAAAAAGAAGCGUGCCGCGGAGAGGCAGCAGAAGUUGAUGGAAGAGAAAAACGCAAAGCGGACUGCCCGCCAGGCUCGCCGGGACGCCGACGCUGCUGCGACGAAGAUACUUACGCCGGCGGUAAAUCCCAAAGCCAACGCCGGCGCCGUGGAGGUCACCUCUCUGGCUGAUGUUUUGAAGUGA